AUGCUCCUCUCCCUCCUCCCUCUCCUCCUUUCCUCGUCGCUGGUCGCUGCCUCCGCCCACGACACCGAGCGCCGUGACAGCUGUGCCUACUACUGUGGUAGCACCUGCUACUGGUCCAGCGAUGUGAGCGCCGCCCAAGCCAAGGGGUACGAGCUGCAGCAGGACGGCGAAACCGUCCAUGAUUACCCCCACGUGUACCACGACUACGAGGGCUUCGAUUUCUCUGUCUCCGGCACUUAUUACGAGUAUCCCAUCAUGGACGACUAUGAUGUGUACGACGGUGGUUCUCCUGGGGCGGAUCGCAUUAUCUUCAAUGGGGAUGAUGAGUUGGCAGGCUUGAUCACCCAUACUGGCGCGAGCAGUGAGGAUGGGUUUGUCCAGUGUACUUCCGCUUAG